AUGUGCAAGGCCAUGAGCAAAGCAGGGAGCUGGGAGAUGGACGGACUGCGCGGCGACAGCAGCGGCGGCGGCGGCGGCGGCGGCGGCGGCGCCUCCGGGCAGUGCCGUAAUUUUCUCUCCUCGCCCGUUUUCGGGGCGGCGCACACGGGCCGAGCGGCCGCCGCCGCCGCUGCCGCCGCCGCCGCCUCGGGGUUUGCCUACGCCGGCGGAGGGGAGCGCUCAGGGGCGGCGGCGAGGCCCGACCCCCCGACCAAGGACUGCCCGAGCUCCGCCACGCCGGCCGCCGCCCCCGCGCUGGGCUAUGGGUAUCACUUUGGCAAUGGAUACUAUAGCUGCAGGAUGUCCCACGGGGUUGGGAUCCAGCAAAAUGCCCUGAAGUCUCCCCCCCAUGCCUCCAUUGGCGGCUUUCCCGUGGAAAAGUAUAUGGACGUCUCCAGCUUGACCAGCACGAGUGUUCCCGCCAAUGAAGUCUCCUCCAGGGCGAAGGAAGUGUCCUUCUACCAGGGCUACACAACCCCCUACCAGCACGUUCCUGGGUACAUAGACAUGGUCUCAACGUUUGGCUCUGGGGAACCGAGACACGAAACAUACAUAUCAAUGGAGGGCUAUCAGUCUUGGACUCUGGCUAAUGGCUGGAAUAGUCAGGUUUACUGUGCCAAAGAUCAGACACAGAGCUCACACUUCUGGAAAUCGUCCUUUCCAGGGGACGUUGCACUAAACCAGCCCGAUAUGUGCGUCUACCGGCGUGGGAGAAAGAAGCGAGUGCCGUAUACAAAACUGCAGCUUAAAGAACUCGAGAAUGAAUAUGCCAUUAACAAGUUCAUUAACAAGGACAAGAGGCGAAGGAUAUCUGCAGCCACAAACCUGUCUGAGAGACAAGUUACCAUUUGGUUUCAGAACAGGAGGGUGAAGGAUAAGAAAAUAGUCUCCAAACUGAAAGACAAUGUAUCUUGA